AUGGCGGUGCUAAAAGCAGACCUGAACACGCUGUCUGGCAGAAUAAAAGCCACGGAGGACAUUAUCCAGAGUCUGGGCAUCCAGCAGAACACCACUGCAAACCAGCUCCACGAGGUCUCGAACGCAUACACAGCGCUCAGUGUUAAGGUGGGACAGCUUGAAGACAUUACACGCCAAUGCAAUCUGAAAAUCAGGAUGAUCCCUGAGAUUAUUGAAGCUGGCGAGUUGCCACAAUUUAUCAGACGGUUAAUGUCCGCCACCCUACCACACAAGCAGGCCAAGAACAUACUGCUGGAAGGAAUUUACCGCUUGCCAGUGAACCCCAACAAUAAAGCCUCUUUUCCCAAUGAUGUAAUUCUGAGCUUCAGGUCACGAUCUGACAAAUAG